CUCUCUCUCUCUCUCUCCUCUCCCCGAGAUCCGUCUCCGUCCGUCGCCGGAUCCGAGACCCUAAGCCCUAGAGCUCGCCUCGGCCCGCCCCCCGGCGCCGUCGGCGUCAAUGGAGGACGAGGAGAUGGAGAAGAAGGUGCAGCAGUACCUGCAGCGCAAGGGCUUCCGCCUCACCGAGCUAGCGCUGCAGGAGGAGCGCAACCGCCUCUCCACCUCCGCACUCUCUGACGUCGCGCUCGCCAGGUCUGAUAACGACCCGGCGAGAUACUCUGAUGGAUAUAGUAGGCUAAGAACGUGGGCAUAUAGUUCUCUUGAUCAAUACAAGCAUGAAUUACUUCGCAUCCUGUACCCAGUUUUUAUCCAUUGCUUCAUGGAUCUAGUAGCAGAGGGACAUAUGCAGGAAGCUCGGUCGUUUUUCCAUACAUUUCGGGAAGAUCAUGAAGUGAUGCAUUCAAGGGACCUUCAGAAGCUCGAAGGAGUUCUCUCUCCUUCACAUUUGGAGGAAAUGGAACUGGCUCGAUCUGUAAGGCAAAAUAAAUUUAAAAUAAAAUUAUGUGAGUAUUCAUAUGAAUUGCUUCUCCAGUAUCUCCAGAAAACACAAGCUCUUGUGGUGCUUGGAAUAAUCAAUGAGCACGUAACAUUUGAAGUAUCUCCUGGGCAACCCUCACUAAUCUCUGAUGAUGUGGACGUUGUUGCUCUGAUUGGAACAAGUAAGGACCUGGCAAAACAGAUAAAUCAGAAGGAAGUACAUUGGGGGUUGCUUGAAGAUUCCGUUGAAGAGCGAAUGGAGAAGGCACUAUCAGAAUCUGAUAAAAUUGAAGCUGAAAGCAAGGAAGCUGACGCUGAAGAAAACAAGAAAAGAAACUCAGAAGGUGGGAAGCAGAGUGGUUCUCUUAAGAAGGUCAAAAAGGAUAAGCUUACAGGUGCAACUGGAAAAAACAUCAGAGCUGAGACAAGCAUGGUUUCUGUGGCACCUCGGGUGAAACCGGAGCUAACACUUCCUGUGACGCCUGUUGAAGUUGAACAAUCGAUUCUUGAGGACUUGAGAAACCGUGCACAAUUGAAUAGCUUGGCAUUACCAUCUGUUAGCUUCUACACAUUCCUUAAUACACAUAAUGGAUUGAACUGCUCAUCAAUAUCACAUGAUGGAUCAAUGGUUGUGGGUGGGUUUUCUGACUCGUCAGUGAAGGUUUGGGAUAUGUCAAAGAUUGGUCAACCAGCAAAAACAUCUAGUUCUCAGGGAGAGAAUGGAUCUUCCCAGGGUGAGCGCAUAUCAACAUUAGAUGAGGGGAAAAGACCCUAUACACUAUUCCAAGGUCAUUCUGGACCAGUUUAUUCUGCGGCCUUCAGUCCAUUUGGGGAUUUUCUCUUGUCGUCUUCUUCAGAUUCAACAAUUAGACUAUGGAGCACCAAGCUGAAUGCCAAUCUUGUCUGUUACAAAGGACACAACUAUCCGGUUUGGGAUGUACAAUUCAGCUCAGUUGGACAUUACUUUGCUAGUGCUUCACAUGAUAGGACUGCUAGAAUCUGGUCAAUGGAUAAAAUUCAGCCUUUACGAAUAAUGGCUGGGCAUCUUUCUGAUGUUGAUUGUGUUCAGUGGCAUGUAAACUGUAACUAUAUUGCCACCGGUUCAAGUGACAAAACUGUAAGACUAUGGGAUGUUCAGACUGGUGAAUGUAUACGGAUGUUUAUUGGUCAUAGGAGUAUGGUUAUAUCAUUGGCAAUGUCUCCUGAUGGGCGAUACAUGGCCUCCGGAGAUGAAGAUGGAACCAUCAUGAUAUGGGAUCUUUCGACUGGUCGCUGCGUUUCACCACUCCUGGGACACAGCUCUUGUGUGUGGACACUUGCUUUCAGCUGUGAAGGGACAUUGCUUGCAUCUGGAUCUGCCGACUGUACUGUAAAACUCUGGGAUGUGACUUCCAGCACAAAGGCCCUGAAGAUGGAGGACACCAAAGGUGGUCCAACUAACCGACUGAGGCUGCUAAAAGCUCUCCCUACAAAAUCAACUCCUGUUUAUAGUCUGCGGUUCUCUCGGAGGAACCUUUUAUUUGCGGCAGGUGCCCUCUCGCUAAGCUCGUUGUAAGGUGUAUGUUUUGUAGAAUACAUCUAGCGUUGUUUCAGUUUUGACAUUAAGUAGUGAAGCUGACAUUUACUCGGCUGUGAAUCCUAUUGUAGAGCUUACAUUUUCAUUAGUGAUCCCAACGAAACCAGCUGUAGUGCCAGUGUCAAACUGUGGCCCGCAGGCACAGCGAAGUGUGUGAUGAUGUAACAUUAUUAGUUAAUUACAUCGUGUAACUUUAUCAUUUUAGUUAGUGCUGAAUCAAAAAGAUGAUGAGCGCAUCAUGUAACCUGAAGAAUGAAGAGCGAUGUGGAGGACAUAUCUGCAGCAUUAUCCAGAAACUUUAGACAGCGUUAUGCUGGCAGGUUAACUUUCGUUUAGAGAUUUAAGCUCCGUGAGGCGCUCGCGCUGUAUGGCUUCGUUUCUUCGUACGGUGAAGAGGCACUAAAAGUGACACGACAGCGGUCUGGCAGGGACAGGACGCACGUUGCUGCGUCGGUGCUACGGCCCCAGACGAUCGAGGCCCCGGCCGAGAGCCGGACCGUCAGAUUUGAAGUUGAUCCCGGCGGCCACUAGCUCGACCUGAGACAUCUGACAUCCAUCACGGCACCAUCAGAAAGAGAAUGAUAUCCAUGGCCUUUGAGAGGUCGCAAUGUCCGUUUCAAAAGGGAAUUAUUGAAGCUCUGUCGUCGUAGAUGAAAGACUCACGUAGAAUUGUUGUGCUUCAAAAGGGAACCAAAAGGUGACUCGGUCGUGUAGCAUCGUGCCGGUAAUAUCUCGCGACACUGGACCACAUGCUCGAAUAGAGGCAUGCUCCAUUUUGAUGUGA